AGUUCAGCUGCAGCUUUGUUGUUUUCCUGCUCUUAGGCUGGAUUAUUCGAGUGAAACCCAUCAAAUCUCAAAGGCCAUGGCGGAGAGUGAGAUUGAUGUAGAACAUAAGCGUGGCGAAUUAACUCGCAAACUGAAUGCUGGCGAGGAUGUUGUUAUUCAAAGCGAUCGCGCAGCGGUGCUUCGCAACGUGACGUGCCCCAAGGCGCAAUAUCAUUUUGUCGUGCUGCCCAAAGAGGAGAUCGCCAAUGUGUUAGCGCUGAAGCGCGAACAUCUGCCUCUGCUGGAGCACAUGAUGGAUCUGGCGAAUGAUGUUAUUAAGCAGCAGCAACUGCCACCGAGUGAUUUUCGUAUUGGCUUUAAAAUUAAUGCGUUUAUGAAUCGCCUCAACAUGCAUGUCAUCUCGACUGAUUUCUAUUCGAGCUCGAUGCGUCGCAUCCAGCAAUGGAACACCUUCAACUCCGAUUUGUUUAUAACGUUCCAAGCUAUAUACGCGCUGCUUCUCGUGAAGGGCUCGGUUGAGCCGAUGCCCGCCGAGAAGGUGGAAGAACUUCUCCAAGCCACACCCGUACACUGCAAUCAGUGCAGUUUUUAUACUGAGAACUUUUUCCAAUUCAAGCGACAUUUGUACAUUCACUGGAUGGAACGACAAAGUGAGCGUCUUCGGAAAAUAUCGCAACAGAUGGGGCAAAUGCAAAUAAAUGGAAAUAGAGGCACAAUGCGGCAGCCGCCAGUGAAUCCCUUUUAUCGUCAAGUAAUACCCAUGCACAAUAAUCAGUUUGUGACACGCUUUCAAAGGCCACAAAGUCACAAUCCGACACACCACAAUCGCAAUCCGAACAACAUUCGGCCUAGCUACAGGCACCCAGCUCCGCCAAAGCCCCUUUCAAGUGACCUGCAACAGACGCAGGCUGAUGCUGCAUCCAAUGCAGCUCCUGGCAAAGGCGCCGAGCAGCGAGUGGAUGCAAAAUUGCCUGUUAAAAAGAAAUGGUAUUCAAAUAAAAAGAAAAAUUCGCAGAGUUCCAGUAAUCCCAAAGGUGGUGCCAAUACCAAUAAUCCCAAAGGUGGUGCCAAUACCAAUCUCAUUUGA